UGGUGGUGGUGUCGCAUACGUCAACGGCAACCGGGGCAAGCCACAAUAAUACCAACAACCAUAAUAAUAAUUACAUGGGAGCGCUGAGCACCACACGUUUGCUACGGAGCAGCAUAGAGCUGGCGGAAGAUACUCGCACCAGUUAUGGGAUACACAGAAAACCAGCAGAUACAUUUAACGAAUUCAGUUUUUCGUACUCCGUCUUGGCGUGUGGUUCAUUCGGGCGUUGAACGUUUUAUUUACGGUGGCGUUUCGACUGAGCGCAUUCGUUCGGAGGAUAUACAGAAACGCGCGUGCGAGAACCGAAAUACACCGUCGGUGCAAAAUAAAAAGGAGUAAAAAAACCCUGACGAAUGAUAAUUUCGAAGUGUAGUUUAGUGUUAGAUCAAAAAUAAACAAACAAAAAAUUCAAAUAAAAAGUAUUAAAUAGCAUAAAAACGGAUACGCUACCGUUUGGCGACACCGCUCAGUCUGGCCAAAAACAAGGCAUGGAAAAUUGUGGUGAAACUUUAACCAACUUUUAAGUUUUCGGAUCUUAAAUAACUUCUGCGAUUUACAAAAUAUUUACUGCAAAUUGUUUUAUUUCAAUUUUAUACUGUUUUGCUUGUGUCUAACGCGCACCUAAGCGAUUUCGAGUGACGUUAGCAUACCUCAUUAUUUUUGUUGUUUUUUUCUUAUUGUUGUUUCAUCGUCGGACACUUUUGGCAUCUGCCGCUGCUUCGCUGAUCGUGUCAAUUCGAAAUUACGGUAUAUUUCCUCUGUCGCAAUUAAUUGUUUCUUAAAAUACAUACGUUCAUAUGUACCAUAUAGUACUUAUACAUACAUAUGCAGGCAUCAAUGGAUAUAAAAAAAUAAAUUUUUGCGAAUAAAAAUAACACUAAGGAAAGGAGUGUGGAGUGGGUGAAUAACUUAAAUUUUCAAAAUUUGAAGAGCGCAGACAGUAGUGAAAACACUUUCAAAGGACUGUUCGCUAACCCGAAAAGAUUAAUCAUAACUAAAGUGCAAUUACACAGCUGGACUCAUAUUAUCUUGGAACUUUAAGUUUUAUCAACAAAUAACUCUUUUGGAUUUAAUUCUUAUACAGAAAAUAAGAUUCUUUAGCAGCGCCAGCUCUACAAAAAACCACAAUAAUGCACUGCAUCAAUCGUUAACUGCAUAACCGCUAAAAAUGUGUUAAAGUAUUUAAAUUUUCAAAAAAUAAAAUCAAAAUCAAAAAGUCUGAUUUAAAAGUAAUAAAUUUAAAUUAAAAAAAGGCGCACACACACACACACUAAGCAAAAAAAAAAAUGCUGCAACAUACCGCCACAGAUUUCUAUGACUUGGCCGCCGCCAAUGCUGCUGUGCUGAGUGCGCGUCAAACGCCACCCUAUAGUCCGACGGGUUUAAUCGGCACAGCCGGACCGGGUCUCAGCAAUAAUAACAACAACAGUACAAGCAAUAAUAAUUUGGAUAUGUUGGGGCACAAUGGCAGCCUUAUUGGUUCAGGCGGUGGAAUUGGUGGUAGCAUUGGACAUAUCGGCAAUGGCAAUGGCGGUAGCAAUGGACGUGAAACUUUGCCCAGUUUUGGAUUCACGCAAGAGCAGGUGGCUUGUGUUUGUGAGGUCCUUCAACAGGCUGGCAACAUCGAAAGACUGGGGCGAUUUCUUUGGUCCCUGCCGCAAUGUGAUAAACUGCAAUUGAAUGAGUCUGUGCUGAAAGCAAAGGCCGUUGUUGCAUUCCAUCGUGGACAAUAUAAGGAAUUAUAUCGUCUACUCGAGCAUCAUCAAUUCUCACCACAUAAUCAUGCGAAAUUGCAAGCGCUGUGGUUGAAAGCGCAUUAUGUGGAAGCCGAAAAACUGCGCGGAAGACCUUUAGGUGCUGUUGGCAAAUAUCGUGUCCGCCGCAAAUUUCCACUGCCACGCACAAUUUGGGAUGGUGAAGAGACGAGUUACUGCUUCAAGGAGAAAUCUCGAUCUGUAUUAAGAGACUGGUACGCACAUAAUCCAUAUCCUUCCCCGCGUGAGAAACGUGAAUUAGCAGAGGCUACAGGACUGACAACCACGCAGGUUUCCAAUUGGUUUAAGAAUCGCAGACAAAGAGAUCGCGCCGCUGAGCAUAAAGAUGGCGCAUCGGACAAACAACACUUGGAUUCAUCCAGCGAUUCAGAGAUGGAAAGUUCUUUGCUACAGCAAACGCACAUAGCAACCAAUAAUAAUCAUCACCAUCAAGCGCAUCAACACCAAUCGCCCCAUCACCAGCAUCCCGCUGCGCAUGCGCAAUCACAUCAGCCACAAUCACAGCAACAGCAAGCGCAACAAUUAUCCCCGACAGCGACGCUCAAUAAUCACCAUCAUCAUCAUCACCAUCACCACCAUGCCGCCGCAGCCGCUGCAGCUGCAGCAGCAGUUGCCGCACAAUUACCGCAAUCGCAUCACACCAGUGCAGCGACGAGUAUGGAACAAACGCAUCAUCAGCACCCGCACAGCUUAAACGCCACACAAUUAGUGGGUCUCUCGCCCACCUCUGUUAGCUCAGGUGGAGGUACGAGUGGCGGCGGCACACUUAGUUCAGCAGCUGUUGCAGCAGCAGCCGCUGCCGCUGCAUCGUCCACGAGUAGUAAAAAUGGUAAUAAUGCUGCUGCAGCAGCAGCCGCAGCGGCUGCGGCUGGACAAAUGGCGCCACUAUCGGUCGCAUAUCCGCACCUGCACAGCGUCAUGGGUUCGAUACCCAUCUACGAUAUGAGCGAAUAUCAGCAUUUAUGAUUCUAGUUGGAAACAUCGGCAGAGUGGAUGACCAACGCAGCAGUGGCGGCGGCUGCGGCGGGGGUCACUCAGCGCACAGCAGUAAAUUCAGAAUCGGAUGCAAGUUCGGCGACGACGGUGACGUCAGCAGCUGCGGCAGCUGCAGCAGCGGCGGCUAUGCGGCAAGAGUUGCAACAAACGACGAAUUUUUACUAUUAAGUGCUUCGGCUAUAACUACAUAGCAGGUACAUAGAUAAAUGGCGGAGGUCACCAGUGAUACGAAAGUUAAUUGCCACCCCAAAAUAAGAGUGUGCGCUUAGAGCUUUGCGUGCUGUACUGACAAAUAGAAUUUUAUUGACAAGCGGAACAGCUGUUUACUUGCAGUUUACUAACAGAAUGGUCCGAAACGCCGUCGAAAUUUUGGCCACUAUCCCUGUACGAUGUGAACUGCGCGCAGAAAAGUUAAACAAUUUGAAGUUUCAAGAGGAAAACCUAGAUUCCGACUCUUAUGUACAUACUAUGUAUUUCGUAUUCUGUAUGGUAAAAAAAGAAAGUUGCAUGAAUUUUGUUGGCAAUAUAUCCAAAAAAAUUUAGUAGAUACAAACAAAUUGCAAAUGCAUGCAUCCAUGCAUAGCAAGUAAAUGUAAGAAGAUAUCAUAAUAUGAAGCAACAUGAAAAACUGAAUUUACGAAUAUAAAAUGUGUAAAUGUUAGCACUACACACAAUUGAAAAGCUGUAAAAAUACAUAAUUAGGGUAUUCCCAGAAAGUAUGACAAAAAACAGCACAAACUUCGAAAGUAAGCUUUUUUUCAGCUGUCAAAACAUGUACGAAAACUAUUUUACAGAAACAAGUUUUUCGAGUUAAAUGGAAUCACCCAACUGUUUAUGAAUUUAAAUAAAAGAUGUAUUAUAAGCUAUUAAACAAACAUACGAGGACAUAACGUACCUAUGCUGUACGAGUGGCAUAAUCCAAAAAAAAAAAAUGUCCACAAAGUCUGCAGAAAUGAUCGCAACCUUUUCUUCUAUGUUGUGUAAAAAUUGCAUAGCUGUAUCGAUAAAUCAUUAAAAAAAAAAUGUCUUCUUUUUACAAUUGGA